GGCUGCAGGCUGGGGGCUGGGAUCCCCUCCGCGGCUGACGCGGUCCGGCGAACCCGAGCGAGGACUGCGGCCGCCUCCCGACGCCCGGCGCGCGCCAGCCGGGCCUUUUUUGGCGCUGAGGGAGAGCAGACGGGCAGGGCCGGCGCUUCGGGGGAGCGAGGCUGAGCCGCCGCCCCCGGGACCAGGAGGAGGGGCUGCCUCGGGGGGCGCCGCCGCGACCCAGAUAGGCCGGGCGAGCGCGGGAGCGGGCGGCGGCCCGUCGCCUCCUUCCUCCUCCGCGGCGCCAUCCCUCGGCGCGCCCAACCCGGAACCCGGAGAGCGCGUGGGGGCGGGGAGGCGAGCGCGCAGAGCUGGCGGGCACCCCCGCGGCCCCCGGGCCCCCAGCCAUGUCGGCCGAGGAGAUGGUGCAGAUCCGCCUGGAGGACCGCUGCUACCCGGUGAGCAAGAGGAAGCUCAUCGAGCAGAGCGACUACUUCCGCGCCCUCUACCGCUCCGGCAUGCGCGAGGCCCUGAGCCAGGAGGCCGGCGGCCCCGAGGUGCAGCAGCUGCGCGGCCUCAGCGCCCCGGGCCUGCGCCUGGUGCUGGACUUCAUCAACGCCGGCGGGGCCCGCGAAGGCUGGCUCCUGGGCCCGCGGGCGGAGAAGGGCGGUGGGGUGGAGGAGGAAGAGGAGAUGGACGAGGUGAGCCUGCUGGCGGAGCUGGUGGAAGCGGCCUCCUUCCUUCAGGUCACGUCUCUGCUGCAGCUGCUGCUGUCCCAGGUGCGGCUCACCAACUGCCUGGAGCUGUACCGCCUGGCGCAGGUGUACGGGCUGCCCGACCUGCAGGAGGCCUGCCUGCGCUUCAUGGUCGUCCACUUCCACGAGGUCCUUUGCAAGCCCCAGUUCCACCUCCUGGGGCCCCCCCCUCAAGCCCCCGGCGAUGUCAGCCUGAAGCAGAGGCUGAGAGAGGCCCGGAUGACGGGGACUCCUGUCCUCGUGGCCCUGGGGGAUUUCUUGGGGGGACCCCUGGCUCCUCACCCCUACCAAGGGGAGCCCCCAUCCAUGCUGAGGUAUGAGGAGAUGACUGAACGUUGGUUCCCGCUGGCCAACAACCUUCCUCCCGACCUGGUGAAUGUCAGGGGUUACGGGUCCGCCAUCCUGGACAACUACCUCUUCAUAGUGGGCGGGUACAGGAUCACUAGCCAGGAGAUCUCGGCUGCGCACUCCUACAACCCCAGCACCAACGAGUGGCUCCAGGUGGCCUCCAUGAACCAGAAGAGGUCUAACUUCAAACUUGUGGCCGUCAAUUCAAAACUCUAUGCCAUUGGUGGGCAGGCCGUUUCUAAUGUUGAGUGUUACAAUCCUGAGCAGGAUGCGUGGAAUUUUGUGGCACCCCUACCAAAUCCUCUGGCUGAGUUCUCUGCAUGUGAGUGUAAGGGAAAAAUUUAUGUCAUUGGAGGAUAUACUACCAGAGACCGCAACAUGAACAUUUUGCAGUACUGCCCCUCUGCCGACAUCUGGACACUCUUUGAAACGUGUGACGUCCACAUUCGCAAGCAGCAGAUGGUGUCUGUUGAGGAGACCAUCUACAUCGUGGGGGGCUGUCUGCACGAACUGGGGCCCAACCGGAGGAGCAGCCAGAGCGAGGACAUGCUCACCGUGCAGUCCUACAACACUAUCACGCGGCAGUGGCUCUACCUCAAGGAGAACACGUCCAAAUCGGGUCUUAACUUGACUUGCGCCCUUCACAACGAUGGCAUCUAUAUCAUGAGCAGAGACGUUACCCUGUCAACCAGCCUGGAGCAUCGAGUUUUCCUGAAGUACAACAUCUUUUCAGAUAGUUGGGAAGCAUUCAGGCGUUUCCCAGCCUUUGGACAUAAUUUGCUGGUUUCCUCUCUUUAUCUGCCCAAUAAAACAGAAACAUGACUGAACUGACUUAGAAUUUGAAAGAAACCUAGUUCAAGACAAAAAAAAAAAAAAAAAAAAAAAAAGAAGAAGAAAGAAAGGAAAGAAAACAACCCAUAGUGUUCCAUUUCAAGGGAGAACUAUUUCUAAAGGGAAAACAUGGGUUAAAGUUGGUCACAUGUACAAUAGCUGUAAAUAAGCUUACUUGAACUAAUUACUUGAAAACUUGUGGAGAAAAGAGACCAACUUUAUUAUUUUUUUAAUUAUUGAUUGUUAAAUGAUGGGAACGAAUCCAUGAUAGUAUUUUCAUCCAAAUAUGAUACCCUUGGGCCAGUGACUGAAACUGCUCAUCAAAAAGAAGAUUCAUUGUAUCUGCUUUAGUGAAGGGCCAAAGUCAAUAAUUGACAUUGAAUGGUAAAGAUCAUUUUAAAAUCUGUGUUGUUUAGGUCACUUGAAAUAUCAUUAAUACCUUACGUGAGAAGUUUUUGUUGUUGUUAUUCAUUUACUUGACAAACAUAUUAACACUAUCCUUCACCCGUUUUCUCCCCCAUUCAUUCUCAACGUAUACUGCCAGUGGUUUAAAAUAGGGUUCUAGGUUUAGAUAUUUUAUUUGCACGCUACUUUCUAGGAAACUUACAAUGAUGGAACCCUACAGUGAGUCUUUGCAAGCAUCCAGUCCUCCCAAACUUGCAUAAAAACACUCUCAGCUAUUUUUCCAAACUUUUUGCAAUUAUGUGUACUGAAUAGAUAGGCAGAUAUAACCUCUUAUUUCAUGUAUGUGGCAGAUUGGGAAUUUAUGUGGGCAGAUAAGUUGCAGUGCUAAGCAUUCUGCAUUGUUUAAAAGAAAAGAUAUAUUGUUUAAAAGGAUGGAGAUAAAUAUAUAUAUUUUUAAAAUCGAGUCUUAGAAGGGAAGGGAACACCAAAUAAGAAAAAAAUUUGCCUUUAAGAGUUGCUUGUAAUGAAUGUAUUGGACUUAGUUCUUUUUUUUAAAGAUAAAACAGAUGACUUUAUCAUAUUUAGGUGAGGCAUCUUUCCAAUUUAAUCUUAGCCUUUUAAUUCAUGCUUUGCUUUUAUGAGGUAAGGUGAGGAUAGCUGUGAAACGUUUGUGCUGGAGAGGGGAAGCAGCUCUUACAGAAGUGGAGUGGCCUCUGGUGGUAUUUCUGAAAGUAGGUGACAUGCUCUACUUGCCUAGGUCGUUAAAUCAGGUGGAACUCAGCUCAAGCAAUCAUUUUCAGUAAGUCAGUUGCCAUGAAUAAAAGCCUCUGCCAAUCAUAGGUCAGCAUCCCUUUAAACAUUUAUACUUCUAGAAAUUUGAUUUUGGUGGAAAAACCCUUUCUGAAUUUCUCUGGUCUUUUGUAAUGGAAUCAGUGAAACUGUGAGCUGGAAUUCCGUCUUUCUGUUCUGACAUUCCCGUACAGCAUGCCUCACUUUUAAGAAAGCCCCACAGAAAAGCAGAAGUGAUCAUGGCAAAUUCAUGCAUUCGCCAGACUCCCAGCACCUCCGGUAUGCAUUCACUGUGAGGAUAUGGUGCAGGGGACUCGAUUUCUUCAGCAGAGUUCUUCAGUUUAUCAAGAGUCACUACAGGGUUUCUUUACAACCGUGGCCUCCUAGUGUAGUUAAAAUAAGGGUCUGGUUGUAAAAAUUUUAUUUGCACAACUUUUCAGGAAUACUUCUAUUAAGUAAAAUGAGGCAAGCCUUUAUUAUGGACAUGGAGACAGAUCUUUGAUCUUGUCACCAAAUAAUCAUAUCAGUACUCUACUUAAUACUAUUUAAGGGUUUCUAAGCCAUAUCCAUUUAUUCGCAAAUACUUAGCCUUUAAACAAAAACUCAAAUCUUGUGGAUGGUACUUUAAUAAUAGAUUUUUAUUAAUUUAUAUUCAUUAUAGAAUUGAAUUUCCAGUGAUCUAUAAUUUCAUUGCAUAUAUUUAAAAAUCUAAUUUAUUUUAGAUAGUGUUAACUUUUGUUGUGACAGAUCUUAAAUUUUUUAAAGCUUAACCUUGUAUAUUCAGACGAUCCUAGCCAGUUGAAUUAGUUCUGAACAAGUUAGACCUUAGCUUGUAAAUAACCACGUCUUAUAAAAUGUAAUAUUGUUGCUGCCAACCAGUUCCCUUCCUGAUUACAUUCUUUGGGUCUGUUUUCUUAAUGUCAACAAUUAGAUUCUUGGACCAAGUGAAGGCAUACUCUGAUCCACAAAGCUCUUUUUAUAAACCAAGUUUGAUGUGUGCAUAUGUGCAUAUUGUCUGUAUGUGUGUGUGUGCAUGUGCACUUGCAUAUUAUAGCUCUAAGAUACACAGACUUCUAACAAGGUUUUGUUACUCUGGGCUGCUGAGGGUACUUGCGCAAGGCAGAAUGUGCAGUAGGAACACAUUUGUGCAUUUGGGACAUCUUCCUGCUGUGCACAGCAGCUAUGUUGGCAUUUUGAGGAUAAUUUUAGUUUAGCUCUGUUCUCUUGUUGAUGCCAAUGUUGUAUUGAAGACUGUACCUGUGAUGAGGGUAAUGAUGCUUUGAAAAUUCCCUGUCACCCCCAGGACAUUGCUUUUUUAUUAAGUUUUUUAUUUCAAUUCCAUAUAACAUACAGUGUUAUAUUAGUUUCAGGUGUACAAUAUAGUGCUCUUUGUUAAUAUCCCUCUAUUUCCUUCCUUUCUCUGAAUGCUUUAUCCUUCUUUUCUGAAAUGCUUCUGAGGGAUGCUAGACUCCCACUAUGGAGAAGGGAGUUGCCGGGAGGACCCCUGUGGUAUCCAUCCCUCUGGAAGCAACCAGUUUUACUAAGAAUGAUCGGAGCGGCAGAGUGAGUCCUAAGUGUGGAUUGGUAGAGGGAGGUUGGUUCUUUCUGUCAUUCUUUCUGGCUUUCUUCUCCACACCCUUAGCAUCAGGUUUCAGUGGCCUCUCCCCUUAGCAUCCUUUAAAGUUUUUCUGAUCAAAAUGUAUGAGUUUAUUAUUUCAACAGUGUUGGUUAAGUCAUGACAAUGAAGUACUGAGAAGGUUAUGAAUUGUAGUAAGAAACAAAUAAGAUUAAGCAUGGAAACCAAAGAGAAUUUAACUCGGCCGUGGUUUUUUGAACCAAAAUCCCAAGUGAUUCCAAUAGAUAUCAAUUAAAGUUGUACAGAGUGGAGAAAGCUUUUUCUCUACAAAGGGAAUUAAAAGUAAAUGCUUGUUCUCUUUCAGUAAAGAAUUACUUAAUGAGAAUUUUGGAUGCUAUGUUUUUAGAUUUCCAGGUAAAGUCAUGACCCUACCUGUUUGCCACACAGGUAAAUCAAGUGGAAAGGCCUUGGCCUUCUUGGUCAACCAGCAUUUAAUGAGCAGUGGCUUAAUGCAGAGCACUCGUGAGGCAGCAUAGCAACAGAAAGGGAAUAUGGGUGAGUUGUUGGAUGCCUUUCUCCAAGGCCAGGGAUGGGAAAUAUAUGACAUCUGGGCCACCAUUCUCUGAUGGCAGCAUUAUGAAUGAGUAGCACUCCUUUCCUCUGUGCCAGGAAUUGGUCUCAUAAUCCAUGUCAUCAGUGCUUCCAGGCACCUGUUGCCCAUCCAUCAGAGUGAGGUGAAUGAAGUCUGUCAUCCCCGCCUUACAGGAAUGAAUGAAUUAGGUGAGUAGAUACCACCCAAAAUGGCUUUGAGAGCAGUGAGCUGAUUCAACUCAGUUCCCUGGCUCCCAGAAAUAUUUACAGAAAGUCUGUUGUGUGCAAGGUAAUGCUAAGAAUUAGGGAUACAGACAUAAAUGAGCCACCGUCCCUGGCCUUGAAAAGCUUCUUGUGAAAAUGUUUGCUGUAAUCAUUGUGACUAGUGCCCUCAGAGAUGCCCACUUUUGCCAGUGGGCACACUGGGGCUCUUUGGCCUGGCUUCCUCUUCAGUCCUGACCCAGUCUGCCCACUGCUUCAUGAUCUUCUAACAGUUAUAAUGAACCAGCUCUUCUCUAAAAUUGAAGAUCACAAGCUAUGUUUUUGUUUUAAUGGUAUGUUUUUUUUCCUCCCUACAUUUCAUUGUCUUCUCUGUACUUCAUUUUUCAAAAAAAAAUUGUAUGUGAUCUGCUAUAAAGGUAACUACUAGGCACCACAGCCUGCCUGGCUAAGGGCUCAGCAGCUUGAUCCCAUGAAAAGGAGGAGCAAAGCCAGGGAAGUAAGUAUGGGGAGAGAGGCAAGCUGUUCACGUGUGAGUUUAUACCUAUGCCUUUAAAACGCCUCCAUAAAAAGUAUUACUAAAUGGUCAUUAAGAUGCUAGUCCUGACUGUAAGUCAGUUGUCUUUGCCUGUGUGAUAACUAUCAAAGGCUUUCUCUCCUUGUGUUUCAUUCACUUAAGAAUAUUUGUUUUUCAUAUUGUGUUAAUUUAGGAACACAAUCUAAAAUGCAUACCUGUUGGCAUAUGCUGACUUCUGUACUUGACAUAACCAGUUUUAUCCAUUCCUACAGGAGACACUAAAUGUAAAAGAUGGUCCAUUUUGCAGAGCAAAAGGGCACUGAAAUGACUUUGGUGGGGUUGGCUGGGGCUUUCUCGAAUGGAUGUCAUAGUUUAUUACUAGUCAAGAUAAGGAAAAUGUAAUUUGCAUUGUGUCAUUUUUCUAAAAAAAAAUCUUAAUAGGGAUUCUUUAGAUCUAGUCUCUACAAUGUUUUCAUAUUUAGUGGUCAUUUUAGGAAAAUUGAUAAUCUGUAGAAUGAAUAAUUAUGUUUUGUUAUGACUGACACUUUGUUAAAAAGGUUGUAUUGUGUCUUAUAAGUGUGGCUUAAAAUGUAGACAUUAUGAUAUGAUUUCUUUAAAUACAACAAUGCCUACGAUGCACUCACUCAGCAUUCAUUUUGUGUUUAGAACUAGAACUAUAGAAGAAAAUGUCUUCAAAUAAAAUAGUUCUAAAUCUUAA